AUGCAGCGCUCCAACGUUUCUCAGAUUCACCCUGCCGGUCUAUUCUCUCUCCACCCCCGAGCAGAAGGCCAUGUGGAACAAAGCCCGGCGGAACUCAACGGUCUCGAUGGGAUAAGCACCCCCCAUAACUGCCUCGUAGCAGGCUGCGACCACAUCUUCGCCAUCAUCAUCUACCAGCCAAAUGAUGAAUCCCCAUGGAACUUUUUCGUCACAGAAUUCUAUCGAGUCCAAGGCCCUGCGAAGCUUCCUUACCAGAUCUCGCCAACCUUCCUGCAGGUCGACUACCGCUCGGAAUACCUCAACCUCCUCCGUUACGACAUCCGAAUGGCCGUCGAAAAUUACAAUACAAUGGUUCUUGGUUGGUGGGCGCGACUGGCAGCUCGGAUGGGAGGGCGAGUCUUUGAACUUCGUCACGUCGAUGCCGCGGUGGCUCAGCUAAAGGAGCAGCUUCUGGACCCGGAGAUGGUGGCCGGGUGGAUGAACGAGCGACAUUCUCCUUUGGGAAGGGGUAUAUUUGUGAGGCUUCGGUAG